AUGAACUCGGUCUUGACGAUCCAGAGCCACGUUGUCCACGGCUAUGUGGGUAACAGAGCUGCCACUAUAACUCUUCAGCUUAGAGGCUGGGAUGUGGAUACUCUGAACAGCGUGCAGUACUCGAACCACACAGGCUACGGCAAGUUUACGGGGUCAAAAACGUCACCAGACGACAUCGCAGCUAUCUAUGGCACACUAAAAGAGCACGAUUUCAAAUAUGAUGCGUACUUGAACGGAUACUUGCCGAGUGCUGAGGCGGUUCGCCAGGUUGGAGAAAUAGGGAAAGACCUCCGCAAGCGGAAUCCAGAUAUUGUUUGGCUGCUUGACCCCGUAAUGGGCGACGAGGGCCAGUUGUAUGUCAAUCCCGACAUGGUGCCGGUAUACAGAGACAUUUUGUUGAGUGGCGCGGUCACUUUGAUCACACCAAACGCUUUCGAGGCCUCGACUCUAACCGAACUUCCAGUGGACAAUUUUGAAGAUGUUCGAAAAGUAAUCGACUGCCUGCAUGAAAAGUUCAAGGUCCCGCAUGUGGUCAUCUCAUCUGUGGUGGUUGACGAGAAACUCUAUACUAUUGCCUCGUCUCAGGGCGAGCAGGCGGUUGUUUUCGAGCUUGAUAGAAUUGACUCCUACUUUUCUGGAACUGGCGACUUCUUUGCUGCGCUCACACUGGACAACUUCAUGCGGCUCAAGCAUGAGCCCAACCGCUUAGCAUCUGCAGUGGCCAGCAGUCUGGAGACCGUGCAGAAUGUCUUGAAAAGCACUGUGACGAAGUCAAUUAGCAAGGGAUUCAAAGGAAAACGUGGCAGCACGGAGGCAAUGAAACAUUUAGAGCUGAGGAUUAUCGAGCAUCGCAAAGAAAUUAUGGAAGAUAUGCCCCAGGGACAUCCAUUUAUAGCAUUAGACUAG